GUGUUUGUUUUGUUUUCACGGCGAACAUAAAAGCAAAUAUAUUUUUUGUUGUAUUAUUAUAAUUUUGUUGUUUGGGGCUGUCGUCAUGUCAGACGAUAUCAAAAAAUAUUUCAACGGUUUGCUGCACAAGGUCAGUGGACUCUACGUGAUUCAGAUAACGGACCGCGAUGGAGUCCCGUUGCUUCGUGUUAGCCACAGUCAGGAGAAGAAUGUGGACUUUGCAUUGAUGCCUUCACUUAUCCCAACGUUCACCACAGCCAGCGAUCAGGCCAGCAAACUGGGUUUGGGCCGCAACAAAACCAUUAUUUCCAUGUACUCUAACUAUCAGGUGGUGCAAAUGAACAAAUUGCCUUUGAUCCUUACAUUUGUGGGCGCCGAGGAUUGCAAUACGGGUCACAUUCUAGCGCUGGAGCAUCAGGUGGAUGGGUAUCUGGAGGACAUCAAAAUGGCCGUGACAGAGUCGUAGAAAGCGAGGAAAAAGAGCAGCAACAGCCUCAUAGCAUAUGUGUAGUAUAUAGAAUGUAUAUUUAAAAAAUGAAACUUUUUACUUGGCUCUUAAA